CUCAGAGCUGACUGGAUCCACAAUCUCCCUGCUCCGGCACAGAGUUCCUUGCCAUGUACCCAAUUAUCGAGUGGUCCGAAGCUGACCGUGGGUGAGACUGGAGGUGUUAGCUCUACAAAGUCCUGCUUCUUUCAGGAGCAUGAAUGACACAGGAGAAGCGAAUCGUUUGACCCAUGAAAUAUGUCAGAACAGUACCUACUUACCAACUGGCGAGACUCCAGCCAUCGGCGCUGCAAUGUUUGCUGCAGGGGUUCUGGGAAACCUGAUUGCUUUGGUCUUGUUGGCAAGUCGCAAGAAGGGUGUCAGGGGCAAGUGCUCACUAUUCCUCAUCCUAGUGACAGGACUGGUCAUCACCGACCUGUUGGGCACCUGCAUGAUCAGCCCAGUGGUUAUGGUGUCCUACACCCAAAACCUCACUUUGUGUGCCUUGGACACAAGCGUUUGCUCUUACUUUGCCUUUGCAAUGACCUUUUUCAGCCUGGCCACCAUGCUGGUACUUUUUGCCAUGGCUUUGGAACGAGCGUUUGCCAUAGGACAUCCUUAUUUUUAUGAGAAAUUCAUUCGGAAACGGUGUGGACUUAUUACCUUCCCAGUGAUCUACUGCUUUUGUUGCUUGUUCUGCCUCCUGCCAUUCAUGGGCAUUGGGGAAUAUGUACAGUAUUGCCCGGGGACCUGGUGCUUUAUAAAUAUGCGGGGGGACCACGGGAAUGGCAAAACCAACAAUGUGUACGCCAUCCUGUAUGCCACCUUCUUAGUAAUUCUAAUUGUUGCCGUUAUUAGUUGCAACCUUAUUGUCAUGGUCAGCUUAGUAAAGAUGCACAAGCGUCAGAAAUCCCGAAGGAUGGGUUCGUUGAUGGUGAACAAGAAAGAGAGGAUGUCAAUGUCUGAAGAAAUAGACCACCUCAUUAUCCUGUCCCUCAUGACGACCAUCUUCGCCAUAUGCUCUGUGCCUUUUGCGGUCCGUGUCUAUAUUAACAGUUUCACCAGUCACCCAGAUGACAAGUUGGAUCUCCUUGCUCUACGAUUUCUGUCGGUAAAUCCAAUUAUCGACCCUUGGGUGUUCACCAUAUUAAGACCCUCGGUUCUAAGGGUGAUACGUUAUUUGCUAUGCUGCCAGAUUCCACGUACAUCUAAUAUGACAGACGCCCCCACACUGACCUCGCGGAUAUCAUUCAACAAGCACAAUGUUAUCGACAUGAACUAUGGAAGCUCCCAGAAGAAACCAUUAAACAUGGGCGAGAAAAGUAACCAGAGCGAUAAGACCGAUAUUUAGAAAAAUGAUCACGCAUUAAAGGAAGAUUAAUGCAAGUUCUGGAGGGCUUGGGACGCACAGAAACAAAAUGGUGGCAAAACCAUUUGCUUUAAUGAUGGCAAAAAAGGUCAAUGAAUUGGACCAAAUGUCUUUCGGGACAGUGAGUUCUCCUAGGUCACCAGGACACUAAGGCUGUAUCAAUGUGAAGCAUUGUUUGAAGUUCUUUUAGAAAUAAUUAGUGCUCCACUUUUUCACUAAAGAAAUACGUAUAAUAGGUUUGGCUUCUGAGACGAUACCAGACAAAUGUGGGCAUAUCUAACUUUUAGAAAAAUU